GUGAGCCAGAGCACCUUUGCAGGACUGGGCAUCUCCAGAUCCUCUGUGGUCUGGGAGGAGGAUGCUCACUGGUGCCAGGGAGGUACCUCAACACGUUCUGAAAAGGUUCCUGCUGUAGAAGAUGAGAGUCCACUCCAGGAGGAGCAUAUGUACCACCUGCCAGUCAUCGAGCUUCCCAGCAAACCACGCUCAGACACCCAUCUUCUUGAGCUGGAGGAUUCAUUCACAGGACUUAUAAACAUAAUGACUGACAUUAUUUGGCGCUACACCGGAGACUUCAUGGCUCCUGAUAUCGUUUGCAGAAUUGUGCGGUAUUUCCAGGUUGUCCUGCUAUAUGCCUCAACUUACGUCCUCGUGUCACUAAGCUUAGACCGGUAUCACGCCAUAGUUUACCCAAUGAAGUUCUUGCAAGGAGAAAGACAGGCGAAAGUUCUAAUCGGAGUGGCCUGGAGCCUCUCUUUCCUGUUUUCCAUCCCGACUCUGAUUAUUUUUGGGAAACGGCAGCUCUCCAAUGGGGAAGUGCAGUGCUGGGCUCUUUGGCCGGAUGACUCUUACUGGAUCCCCUACAUGACGGUGGUGGCUUUCCUGGUGUACUUCAUUCCUCUCAUCAUCAUCAGUGUCAUAUACUCAAUUGUGAUCCGAACCAUCUGGAUGAAGAGCAAAGCUCAGGCUGUCAUCAUGUCCAGGUGCCCUGGUGGCAAAACCUCAGCUGGCUACACGAGUCAUGGGUUCAUAUCCAGAGCGAAAGUGAAAGCAAUCAAGUACAGCGUCGUAAUUAUUCUGGCAUUUGUUCUCUGUUGGAGCCCUUACUUUCUUUUUGAUAUCCUGGACAACUUCAACAUACUCCCUGAGACCAAAGAGCGCUUCUACGCGUCUGUGAUCAUUCAGAACCUGCCAGCCUUGAACAGUGCCAUCAACCCCCUCAUCUACUGCCUCUUCAGCAACCGCCUCUGCCCCCCUUUUGAGUAUUGCUCCUUUUACUGUCGCUCUGACUACCUCUAA